CGUGGGGGAAGCACCAGCUAGGAGGGAGGCGGCGGAAUACCCCAAGACAUUGACAAGCCCAAUGACGAAAGGGCUUUUACUCAACACGGCGGGGCAGGAUAAUACUUGCAGGGAUCCACAUGUGCAUAAAAGCGCAACGAGCCGCUUCUAACUUCCACACAUGACGUGACGGCAACUUUUCUUUUUUUUUUGUUUUUUUUUUGCCCCCGGUCUUCCCGCGGCACAUUGGUGCAUACUUCCACCAUGACAUACGGGCUCUUGCUUUUUCUUCCAUUUCUUCUCUACACGCAGGGGCUUGCGCGCGAGACCGUUAUCUCCAAAGAGCCGGACGCGAGGAGCGCAAAAGUUGUCACCACAUCCGGCAAAGAAUGCACACUUCCAUUUCGUCAGGGCGGAAGAAUUCAUCACCACUGCAUCACCGUACUCGCCUCGAGACCGUGGUGCUCGCUUACAUCUAAUUUCGACCGGGACCGAAAGUGGGGCUUCUGUGCACCGCAGCGAAGACAGCCAAAUGCUUCUAUCCACACGUCGCGACGAAUCACCAAUCCAUGUCAGGUGCCACCGUGUCAAAACGGCGGCACCUGCUUGCUCGUCCCUAGCGGCCUGGCGUUCGAGUGCUCCUGUCCUGAGGGCUUUUCCGGAACACUGUGCGAGCAGAAACAAUGCUACGAAACCGUACACCUGCGCUAUUAUGACGCCGGAGAGUCUUGGGGUCGCAUUCACCUCCGCAACGUGGAACAGUGCACGUGUGUCAGCGGCAAAAUCAAGUGCCAGCGCGCCCGCUACACGCCGUGCCGCUCCAACCCAUGUCAGAAUGACGGAACGUGCCGGGUGAUCACAGCCACCGGCCAGGAGGUGUGCAACUGCAGACACGGCUACGCCGGACCGCACUGUAGCUUCAAGCCAGAAAGCGAGUGCUACAACGGCCGGGGCACGAGUUACCGAGGCCUGGCGUCCACGACGACAUCCGGCGCACGCUGUCUCCCGUGGAACUCGGACCUGCUGUACAACGAGCUCCACCUGGGCACGGUGACGGCCGCGCCCCUCACCGGCCUCGGGGAGCACGCCUACUGCAGGAAUCCAGAUGGAGACAAGAUGCCAUGGUGUUACACUGUGAGCAAGGGCGCCAUCUCCUGGGAGUACUGCAGUGUCCCCUCCUGCAAGAUGCCAGUGUCUUCUUCUCGCAGGAUGAACACGUUCAACAAGUUGCCCGCGCUGGGCGACUCAGACCCGUCCGUGCCAGCCAAGAAGGCGGUGUGCGGGACAAAGCACAAGAAGAGGGUGAACGUCGCCAGGGGAAGAAUCAUCGGAGGGACCUCGGCUCUGCCGGGCAGUCACCCGUGGAUGGCCGCCAUUCACAUCGGACAGUCGGACUUCUGUGCUGGGACCCUGAUCGCAUCUUGCUGGGUCAUCUCGGCGGCGCACUGCUUCUUCCGCAACCCCCUGAUGUCGCAAAUUCGUGUGGUGCUGGGCCAGCACCACUUCAACGUCAGCGGUCCCGACACACGCACUUUCGGAGUGGACAAAUACAUUUUCCCCAAACAGUUCUCCGUGUUCAACCCGACGCUCCACGACAUUGUUCUCAUCAAACUGAAGAGGCAAGAUGGCCUCUGCGUGAAGAGGACACCCUUCAUCAGGCCCAUCUGUCUCCCCGACAAAGGCGUGGCCUUCCCGGACGGCUACUGCUGCUCCAUCAGUGGUUGGGGACACAUGCACGAGAAAGCAGAUGGUUAUUCCAGCCUGCAGGAGGCGGGAGUCAGGCUAAUUCGCCGUGACAGCUGCAGGAGGCCAGAGGUCUACGGCAACCACGUCACAGCAGACAUGAUUUGUGCUGGCCUCAACGGCUGUGUGGACGCCUGCCAGGGGGACUCCGGGGGUCCACUGGCCUGCGCAAAGGAUGACGUCAACUUCCUGUAUGGGAUCAUCAGCUGGGGGGAGGGCUGCGGCCGCUCUGGAAAGCCAGGCGUUUACACAAAGGUGGCCAACUACAUGGACUGGAUUAAUUCUGUGAUCAGACGGAAAGCCAAGAAGGCAUGAAAGGAGAUUUGUGAAUAGUUAAAUGAAUGUACUGUUUGUUUUGUUGUUGAUUGCAGAUGACUUUUUUUUUCCCCCCCAACUGUGAAACAGUAAAAGACUGAAUAAAAACGUAUGUCCGAAAAACGAGUAAACCUUUAUAUCACUCUUAAAAUCACUUUUUCCCCCCUCGUAUGACAACUUGAUCGUAAAGACAGAUAUUUGUAUUGUAAAACUUCCGGUUUUGUCUGCUAUAACACGACAUUAUUCUCUUGAAAUUACAAAUUUCAUUUCGCAGUAUUCCAUCAUUAAAAAUUUUACAAACAGUUUCAGUUUCAAGCUAUGCAGAGCAAGCGGAGUGGUUGGGUAGUUUUGUUUAAGCGUUUACGAUGCACUGGCAUGCGAAUUAUGCGCUUCUUCAGGUGGUCGCGCCAUUUUCCAUGCUGCUCUUGUUGUUACUGUUGUCAAAGCCGGAGACUGCCGGGUGGGGGGUGGGGGGUAUGGGGGUGGAGGGCCAAGGGGGCGUC